ACAAACCACUCGUCUGGUUUUAGGGCUUUGAGUGUUUACUCUGCCAUAAUAACAAAAGACGGACAAGUUUGGGUGUGCCACACAGAAAGUGGGAGGGGCCACGUCAGGUUUCAGGAAGCGACUGCACCUGCUGCUCUCAGAUUCAGGGGAGGCUGGUGGAAGUGAAGGACGGCAGCGCUCCACGGCAGAGGCUAAAUAAAAUAAACAACAUGAGUAUCAACUCUCCCUGUAGCCGGGCGCUCACCGAGGACCAGUUCACCUGCUCCAUAUGCCUGGAAAUAUUUGUGGAGCCCGUAUCGACACCCUGCGGUCACAGCUUCUGCAAGGCCUGCCUACAGGGCUACUGGAACCACAGCAAGAAGUUCCUGUGCCCCAUGUGCAAGAAGAGCUACUCCAGAAGACCAGAGAUGAGCAUCAACCGGGUCCUGGCCGAAAUAUCCUCCCAGUUCCAGGGUCUGGUGGUCUCUGGAAGCCCCUCGCGAGGGGGCUCAGAGACUGUAAGCUCAGACCCGGGCCACAGCGGCCCUCCAGCGCAGGACACCGGAGAGUUCGCCCAGCCCGGCGACGUUCCCUGCGAUUCCUGCAUUGGAAGGAAGCUGAAGGCUCUGAAGUCUUGCGUGAACUGCCUUGGAUCCUACUGCGAGGCCCAUUUGAGGCAUCACAAGAAGGUCAAGUCUCUUACUUCACAUUUUCUGAUUGAACCCACCUUUCACCUGGAGGAAAAGAUCUGCAAGAAACACGAACGCCUCCUGGAAGUGUUCUGCCGCACCGACCACACAUGCAUCUGCAAGGCUUGCGCCGAGGUCACGCACAAAUCCCACGACAUCAUUUCCGUCGACCACGAGUUUAAGAAAAAAACGACCAAUCUGGGAAAGAAGAGGUCAGAGUUGAAAAACCUAAUCAAAGAACGAGCCAAGAAACUGGAAGAGAUCAAGCAAUCCAUCAAGGUCAUCAAGGCCAGCUCUCAGAAGGAGCUCGAGGACAGCUGGCAGGUGUACGCAGCGCUGCAGAAGCUGGUGGAGCAGAGUCAGGCUGAGAUGGUGGAGCUGAUCACCACCAGGCAGCGGGAGGAGGAGCGCCACGCCCAGGAGCUGGCCAGGAGUCUGGAGAACGAGCUGAGGCAGCUGAGGAGGAGGAGCAACGAGCUGGAGGCCCACGCACACACCAAGGACAAAGUGGUCUUCCUUCAGAACCUGGCCACGCUGUCCCACUCGCCCGAGCCCACCGAUUGGUCAGGGGUCAGCAUAAACACCGACAUCUACCUGGGGACGCUCCGCUCCUCUGUCAGCGGCCUCAUCGAGAAGUUCCAGGACGAGCUUAAGAGACUUUAUGGAAAAGAGUUCCGGAAGGUGCAGAACUAUGCAAGUGAAGUUAUUUUGGACCUAUCCACAGCCCAAAAGAACCUGGUCGUAAGUCAUGAAGGUCAGCAGGUGAAAUACGAAGAGCACAAGAUUUCCCACUCAGAGGGUCCGAAGCGCUUCAACCCGGCCCUCUUCGUCCUGGCCCGAGAGGGCAUCCACUCCGGCCGCCACUACUGGGAGGUGGAAGUUGGCCGCAAGACGGCCUGGACGCUCGGCGUGGCGCGCGCUACGGCUCGCCGCAAGGGCGAAAUCAAGCUGAACCCUGAGGGCGGCUACUGGUGCCUGUGGCUGAAGAACGGGGAGAUGAAGGCGCUCGCUGAGACUCGCCUGCCGCUGCCGCUGACGUCCCUUCCCAGCAAAGUAGGACUUUUCUUGGAUUACGAGGCCGGCCAGCUUUCUUUCUACGACGUGAAGGCACGUCAGCACCUCUACACUUUCACGGAUAAGUUCAACGACAGCGUGUACCCGAUCUUCAGCCCCUGCCUAAGCCAGGACGGGAAGAACAACUCUCCUCUGAUCCUAACACAAGUUAAGUACACCUGCUGGGGGAGCUGGAGGUGGCAGUGGUCAAAGCUGGUCUCAGAUAUCAGCGCACAGAGGAGACUUAAGGCAGCUGCUCCUUGCAGGUCUGGUGCCCCAUUCAAAGGCUGGUUGCUUUCGCUGAAAAUGACCCUGCCUCUCCGCCGUGUAGGAAUGGCUGCCACUGGGAACCUGUCUGAAGAGCAGGUCCACUGCUCCAUCUGUCUGGACGUCUUCACCAACCCCGUGUCCAUCCCCUGCGGGCACAACUUCUGCCAGACUUGUAUCCUGGGAUACUGGAAAACCAGCCCUCUCUAUCAGUGUCCCAUGUGCAAGAAGUCCUUCCACAAAAGGCCCGAUAUCAGCGUGAACACGGUGCUGAGGGAGAUUGCAGAGCAGUUCAAGCAGAUAAGAGUCAAGACCACUGAAGUGAAGGGAAGUGGGGAAGAAGGCACAGGCAAGACCAAGAAGUGGACAAUGGAGAGAAAGGUGAAGGAGGACGAGGAGAGGCUUCUGGAGAAAGGUCAGAUGCAGAACCUUGUGGAGGAGCUGAAACAAAAGCAAGAAGAGAAGAAAAAGCAGCAGGAAGUGAAGGAGAAUCAAGGGGAGGAGCUACCUCCAUUAAUCCCUCCAGUUUUGCCAUCUAAAACCUCUCCUCCGCCAUCACCUCAAGACUCAGCUCAAGCUCUGCCACGAGAAACAUCACCUCCACCUUCACCUGAACCAACUUCCCCUGGACCUCCUCAAACUUCCCCAAUAUCCCUGACUCCUCCUCUACUGUGGGAGGAAGUCCUCUGCGAUGUUUGCUUGGGCGAGGGCCGCCCCAAAGCCGUCAAAUCCUGCCUCGUGUGCCUGACCUCUUACUGCGACGAGCACCUCAAGUCUCACUCCACCAGGUUCACCAAGCACAAGCUGAUAGAACCGGUGGCCAACAUGGAGGACAGGAUGUGCCCCAAGCACGAGCGGCUGCUGGAGCUCUUCUGCAAGAAAGACCAGACCUGUGUGUGUGUCCUCUGCACAGAGACAGACCACAGGGCACAUUACACCGUCCCGGUGGAGAGAGAAUGGACUGAGAAGAAGGCGCUGCUGAAAAAGACAGAGAUAGACGUCCGGGAGAUGAUCCAAGACAGAGUGAAGAAAGUGGAGGAGAUCAAGCAUUCUGUGGAGCUCAACAAGGUCAGCGCUCAGAGAGAAAUUGAGGAGAGCAUGCAGGUCUUCUCGGAGCUGGUGCGCUCCAUCCAGAAGGCUCAGGCCGAGCUGGUUCUGGUCAUCGAGGAGAAGCAGAGGCAGACGGAGAGGCGGGCCGAGGGUCUCAUCACCGAGCUGGAGCAGGAAAUCUCGGCGCUCAAGACGCGGCACACGGAUUUGGAAAAUGUGAACAGAACUGACCACAUUCACUUCCUGAAGAGUUUUCCGGCCUUAAGCGCCACCCCAUCUGUUAAAGACUGGUCUGAAACCAGUGUUCCCACAGACACAUGCGUUGGGAUGAUCAGGAGAUCUGUGUCUAAACUGGAGACGACAUUAAGUGAAAUGAUUGACAAGUUGUCCGCAAGUGAGAUUAAGAAAAUUCUGAAAUAUUCAGAGGACGUCACGCUGGACCCAGACACGGCCAAUCCUUGGCUCCAGCUCUCUCAGGACAGGCGCCAGGUGAGGCACCUGGGGGCCUGGCAGGAACUCCCGGACCACCCUGACCGCUUUGACACCGUGGUCAUAGUACUAGGAAGAGAUGGCUUCACUUCAGGCAGACACUACUGGGAGGUGCAGGUGGGAGACAAAGAUGACUGGUACCUAGGCGUGGCCAAGUCUUCGGUCAAAAGAAAAGGCAGGAUCUCUGUGAGCACUGCCCAGGGUUAUUGGGCUCUGGCUAUGAAGAAAGGCCAGGGCUAUCGGGUGUCAAUGUCGCCGCCACUGCUGCUUUCACUCGACCAGAAGCCAAAGAGAGUAGGUGUGUACGUGGACUAUGAGGAAGGACAAAUCUCUUUUUACGACGUGAGAGCUCGGAUCCAUAUUUACACGAUCGAGGAUGCCUUCACGGAGAGGAUCCUGCCGUUUUUUUACCUGUACUGCUGCGACAAAGCCUCCGACACAAUGGCCGUCUGUCCGGCGCAGGAGAAAAGCCUCAUCUAGUAAAACUCAGGACACACUUCAUUAUGUAAAUGAAUAUCCUGGUGUAGACUGGAUUUCAGACACACACCUAAUUUUAUUAAAAUUGCAGUUUCAUGUAUAAAUGCUGGAUGUAAUACUAAGGGUUGGACGUAAACGGACAAUUGGGGUGUAUCGUGUUAUGACAAAUCUGACACACUGGUAUGUCUCGUGUUUAUGGCGAGAGGCGACAUUUUUCUGUCCCUCAAUCAUCCCACUGUGUUGUGUGAAGUGAUUAGAUCCAAACUAACUAUAAUAUACCAUUAUUCUAUGGACUUACAACUGAAGGGAGCCCAGGAAUGGUGUGGUACGAGUCGCUUGUUCGCACAGGCCCAAGUUGUAGCACUCAAAGGAAAUGACGCAAAAGUUACUUUCUAAAAGGCUUGUCGAUUUAUCAAAAGCUUGUUUGUUUGCAAGAGUUUAACAUGCUGUGCAAAAUAGUUGUGUAGAAAGUUGGAAGAACACACUUUUGCCACUACUUUCGUUU